AUGACUUCUUCACUGAAAGCUUUUGCCCCAGACCCUUACUUCGUUCCCGGCUAUGGAGGAUACGUCCCACAACAAGCCUUUCGAUACUCGAAAUCCUAUGGACGAACCACCCAUGAUAUCCUCAAUGACAAAGGAGUAAGAAGAAGCAAGACCUCUGUUUUAGACAAUCUCCAGGCUCCAUCUACUGAGCCGCGCGACUCCGGAAAGAUUUCGGGUUACACCGGACACGUUCCCGUUUCUCGGCAGUAUUUUGGACGGAGCUUUGUGCCCAAGGUGAACUUGUCAACAUCCGUCUUUAUUCAGCGUCGCCAUAACGAGGAAGACCUUAGAAAACGGCAAUUCGAAGCUCCCCUACAUCGGCUAGAACGAUCCCAGUCGACGAUUCUGCCCCAACUUGAACCAAAAACUACUUCAUCUGUUUCUGUUCCCGAUCUUGGAGUCAUAUCUGGCUACACUGGCUUCGUCCCGCGAAUUCAACAUCGUUUUGCGAAGUCUUAUCUCAACAGAGUGGAUGAAGCACGAAAUCUGCCGCGAAAGAUUGUCCUCUCCGACGUAAAAUUGAACGGUCACAAUUUCAGAAUUUACAAAGAAGACGGUCUGAUCCCAAAGUACACAGGAUUCGUGCCCGGGAAGCGAUUUGAACACGCGAGGACUUAUGGAAACACAACAAGAAGUCUUGCGGCAUAA